AUGUCGUUGACAGCACUGCUCAACGACGACAACAAGGACACAGGCGACCUGCACACAGGCGACCUGCGAGCCCGGUUCGUGCAGAGCCUGAAUGCCCAGUUCCAAGAACUAGGUGCACGCGAUCUGCGCGAACAACGGUCGCAAGACUGGCGUAUGCUGAGCUACCAGGAAUUCGAGCUCAUCACAGAGUGGAACAACCAAUCGCGGGAUCUGGGGUCCAACGGUUGCGAAAAACUGAUGGCCAACAUGGCUUCGACCAGGCUCGAGUGGGACCAGUUCCAAGAGUACGCACGGCACAAAGACGAAGUGGUGCGAAAACAGCGCGAAUUGCGCGAGCAAGAGCGUGCCCAGAUCGCAGAACGCGAUCUGCGCGACAAAAAGGCACACGAGCAACGGCUGCGGGCCAAGGACGCUGCAGUGGCGGCCACUACGUCCAAGAUUGCAAACGCAAACGGCAGGGCCAGGAGCGACAAGACUACGGCAAAACGGAUCCACAGCGAGGCCAGGCUCGCCAACGACGAUGCCAACGGCGAUUCACAUGCUGACGCCAGUGGCAAUGGGAAAGACAGCACUCUUUCCAACGGUAACAACAAGAAUACGACAACGGCUGCUGCUUCAGCAGCAGCAGACAACAAGCUCAGGAACGGACAUGCAACUGAAAACGGUGCCGUUAACGGUAAUGGCCAUUCUCACACGCAUGACGAUCACGACGACGACGACGACGACCACAACACCAAUAAAAACACCAACGAGCAUGUAUACAGCAACGAUGAAGCCGACGACGACGACGAUAAUGUCCAAGAUACAGAAGACCGGUGGGACAACGGUGACGACGAAGAAGCAGAUCUCGAACCAGAGGACGCGGAGGACGUAGAGGACGCUGAUCUAGACGAUCUCAACGAGGUCGCCAUCCCAGAAGACGACGACGACAACGACGAGGACUUCUUUUUGGACGAUGACAAAGCUGACUCCCACGAGAAAAGCACCAAAAAGGUAGACCUCACAUCGGAGCGUGCCAAGAUUCGUCGCGAGAUCGCCCGCAUGGUCAACAAGAACAAAAACGUCAAAGCCAAGAAGCGCCGUUUCACCAACUCCACCAUCGUCGAACACAUUCAAAACGAAAAGCUAGAGGUCAAAGUCACCCUCAAACAGUACCACGUACGGCAACUCAAGCGUCUGAUAGCCGAAAAACAGCGUGCACUAGAAGAGGAAAAUGAGGGCGCCGUAGAACCGGCUACCAAGAAACGCAAACCGGCACCCAGCCCGGAAGAAGCCGUUAUCCCAGACUCCAUCGAGGGACUACCGACUUACGGACUCAAAAUGACCGUCAAAGAGGCUCGCGGCAUUCAAAGACACUACGACAACACCUACUUCACCAUUUGGAAAGAUAUGGCCAGAAAGGAUUCUGCCAAAGUGGCCCGUUUGGUCCAGCAAGCGCAAACCAGUAGAAACGUCAACUUCAAGAAAACCUGCGCCUUGGUGUGCCGAGAAGCUCGCAAAUGGCAGCUCCGUAACUUCCGUCAAGCCAAAGAUUUCCAAUCCAGGGCCCGUAGAGGCGUUAGAGAGAUGUCUAGUUUCUGGAAGAAGAACGAGCGUGAUGAAAGGGACCUUAAGAAGAAAGCCGAGAAAGAGGCACUGGACCAGGCCAAGAAAGAGGAAGAAGAACGUGAAAAUAAGAGGCAGGCAAGAAAGCUCAACUUUUUGAUCACUCAAACCGAACUAUACUCCCACUUUAUUGGACGCAAAAUAAAAACCGACGAAAUCGAAGGGACCAUGGCGGAUUCAUCUUGGUCGUCUCACGAGGGCGCCAAACACGACAUCGAUCUUUCUACAACCGAAGCUUCUAAAACGGAUUUCAACUCCAUUGACUUCGACAACGAGGACGAUGAAAUGCUAAGAUUGAAAGCUGCUCAAAAUGCUUCCAGUGCUCUGCUUGCCAGUCAGACAAAGGCCAAGGAAUUCGACGCCAACCCUGAUGAAGACGACGAGCUCAAUUUCCAAAACCCUACCUCGCUGGGUGACAUCACAAUCGAUCAGCCAAAACUAUUAACAUGCACAUUGAAAGAAUAUCAACUGAAGGGUCUCAACUGGCUUGCCAAUUUGUACGACCAGGGUAUCAACGGUAUCUUAGCUGACGAGAUGGGGUUGGGUAAAACCGUCCAAUCCAUUUCCGUUCUAGCGCAUUUAGCAGAGCAUCAUAACAUCUGGGGUCCCUUUAUUGUUGUGACUCCUGCUUCCACUUUACACAAUUGGGUUAACGAAAUCUCUAAGUUCGUUCCUGAAUUCAAGAUUCUGCCCUACUGGGGUAAUGGUAACGACCGUAAAGUUCUUAGAAGGUUUUGGGACAGAAAGCAAUUCCGCUAUGGGAAAGAUGCCCCCUUUCAUGUUUUAAUCACUUCGUAUCAGAUGGUGGUGUCAGACGCGGCAUAUAUUCAAAAAAUGAAAUGGCAGUACAUGAUUCUAGAUGAAGCUCAAGCUAUUAAAUCAUCACAAUCGUCCAGGUGGAAAAACCUGCUAAGCUUUCAUUGCCGGAACAGAUUGCUGCUUACCGGUACACCAAUUCAGAAUAAUAUGCAAGAAUUGUGGGCUCUUCUUCAUUUCAUUAUGCCUUCUUUAUUCGACUCACACGACGAAUUUAGCGACUGGUUCUCCAAGGACAUCGAAUCACACGCGCAGUCGAACACCAAACUCAAUCAACAACAACUACGUCGACUACACAUGAUCUUGAAGCCAUUUAUGCUUAGACGUAUCAAGAAAAACGUUCAGUCCGAACUGGGCGACAAAAUUGAGAUCGACGUUCUAUGCGAUCUAACAAGACGACAGCAUAAACUUUACCAGGUUUUGAAGACUCAAAUGUCUGCAGCUUACGAUGCCAUAGAAAAUGCGGCUGGAAACGAUGAAGUAUCCUCUGACCAAAACAUCGUGAACACUGUCAUGCAAUUUAGAAAGGUCUGUAAUCAUCCAGAUCUGUUCGAAAGAGAAGAUGUUAGUUCUCCAUUUUCAUUCAUCGACUUUGGUAGAAGCGGAUCACUGAUGAGAGACAGCAGUCUUCUUGAUGUCGAAUACUCGGCAAGGAAUUGCAUUGAUUACAAAAUACCUCGUCUAAUACUGAACGAACUGGUGCUUCCCCAGUUUGAAAAUGAUAUUAGCAACAAGAGCAAGCUACUCAAUCACACAUUUAAUGUUUUGCAUCCCAUCAACUCGAGAAGUUUAUGCUCCAAGCUGUCGUGCUUGAGCGGACAAGCGUCAGGACAAUUCUAUCAAUGGUCUAAUAAGAGCUGCGUUCAAAGGGCGAUAAAUUUGAAAGAGAAUGAUCGCCCAGUGCGCAUAAGCUCUGUUUACGACUGCGAUGAACUCAAGGUCGUUGAUCAGAAAAGUUACAUCUUAGCGAGUCGUGACGACUCACUCAAAGAGUUAGGCAAAAAUACAGUAGGUGGUGUUUUGUCAAAUCUUUUCAAUAUUCAGCAAGGCGUUUAUGAGGACGAGUAUAUGAACAGUUGGCGACCUGCAUAUCAUCAAGUAGCAAGUGCUCCGCCUAUUAACGUCGAGGUCUCCGGUUCUAGCCGAUUUUCGCAUAUUAAGAAGCUCGAACUAUUUGAUCCUACCUUAAGCCAAGCGUUGAGUGCAGUCCCUCCUGAAAUUCAGUGUGACCUUCUAACAAAGCAUCAUUUAUCGGUAUCAGACUUCCCAGUAUCAGAGCUUUACCCACAGGCCUUGAACAAGAACUUUACAUCUGAGAUUUCGAUGCCGUCAAUGGACAAAUUCAUCAUGGACUCUACCAAACUAAGGAAACUAGACGAACUUCUAAUCGAUUUGAAGAAGGGUGAUCACCGUGUUUUGAUAUAUUUUCAAAUGACUAAGAUGAUGGACUUGAUGGAGGAGUAUCUCACACACAGGCAAUACCAACACAUUCGGUUAGAUGGAUCUUCAAAAUUGGAAGACCGUCGCGACCUUGUUCAUGAUUGGCAAACGAAGCCUGACAUUUUCAUUUUCUUGCUCAGCACGAGAGCUGGUGGUUUAGGUAUCAAUCUUACAGCUGCUGAUACAGUUAUCUUUUAUGAUUCAGAUUGGAACCCAACUAUCGACUCACAAGCAAUGGACAGAGCGCAUAGACUUGGCCAGACUAGACAAGUGACAGUAUACAGAUUGUUGAUUCGGGGAACCAUUGAAGAGCGGAUGCGUGAUAGAGCCAAGCAGAAGGAACAUGUACAGCAAGUGGUUAUGGAAGGAAAGACUCAGGAUAAGAAAAUUCAAGAAAUCAGCGCCAAUUGA